GGUUUCUCAACACGUUGAAAUGAUUUUCAAAGUGAACGCCUGACAUUAAUAUCUCCAAACACGAUGGUGAUCUCCUCAUCUCGUGAAUAGCAACGCGGCUACAUCCAGUAAAAGAAAAGAAGAAGAAUCUUGCAAACAAAUAAGGAAAAAAUAGUGAUAAUCUUGAACUUCCACCAAAUUUGAAGGUUCAAGGUGUCUGUUUAACGUUUUAUUACGACUGUUCAAAUUUUGUCAUGUUUCUUCAUUUCUAACUGACAAAGUAAUUUAAGAAACGAUGAAUAUCAUUUGCGCAAUUUGCACUGAAUUAUUUCUACCUUCGGACGAUCUACAUUUCUCUCCAUGUGGGCACUUAUUCCACUACGCAUGCAUUUGUGAGUGGUUGAAGAGGUCCAAGACUUGCCCUCAAUGUCGUAAGGAAGUCACCAGCAGAACUAUUCGAAGAGCCUUCUUUACUUUUGGAACGUAUACGACUGAUGAUUCUGAGACAAAUGUAGCAAAACUUGCCAGCACAAUCGAUAGCUUGAAGCUUAAGUUAAUGCUGUUGGAACAAGAUGUAAAAAAUUGUGGGGAACAAAAUACGAUCUUGAAAAACCAAAAUAAAGGUCUCAGAGCAGAAGUCAAACAUCUUGAAGCAAAAAUUGAGGAACAGAAGUCCAUUAUUUUCAGCUUCAAGCAACAGCUGAAAUACAUGAGCGAACUUGACUCUAGUCUAGCAACAGCUAAGAAAGAUGUGGUUAGAUUGAGGAAGAGUCUUGAAGAAUUUCAGCAUAUACAAAUACUCCUGACCGGUUCACAUGAUGAGGUAGAAGAACUUCUGAAUCAUGCAACUAGUGCUAAGGAACUAGCUACGUAUGUUUCGGUGAUGAAAAGGGAAAUUGAGACUAAUGUACAAAAGCGCAGAGAAGUGCGGGGAAGGGUGAGACAAUUGGAAAAAGAACUCCAGAAACAUACUGACGAGCAAAAAAAGUCCAUGAACCUCAAUGCCGCCUACAAAAAACUGCAAAGAAAUUUAAUACAAUGUGAAAAUGAGAAAUUAUCAUUGCAAGAUAAACUUGAUAGUCUCACGUGCCAAAUUGGUGCCACAAAGGUUCCAGAGACUGAUGCGCCGAAGCAAGAUAUAAGUGAAACUCCAACUCCAAAAGAAUAUAAAAGUUGUCAGUCACCCCAAGUAGUAGUGUUGAACUCUGACACUGAUGCAACGCCUUGUAAAUCAAUUGAGGUAAACAAUGACAAGGAAUCAUCUUGUUCUUCCACAUCGACUGAGGAUGGAACUAAAGUAAAGCAGUCUCUUUCAAUCUUUUCAAAGAAAUCAAGAAUACCAUCAUUACCAGAGCGGAAGCCUGAAUCACAAGGAAUGUACUACGAUGGUUUUGGAGGUCAUUCGAAGAUUGAUGUGUUUCCCAGCCCACUUCCUAGAUUCAAAACAAAAGUUCUGAAGAAGAAUUUGAUAUCUAUUAAACCGAAGCGGCGCAAGCUUAAUUCAGACAACUUUUUGCAAAUUGACUUGACAUAAUCUGACAUAGAAGGUGACCUUUUUGUCAAAUGUGUUGUGAUGUAAAGCUAUGUGGUAGUUCCUGCCUGAUGUAACAAAAAAACCGCUAGACAAUUAUUUCUGCUAUUUAAACCAAUGAAAUUUUUAUACAUAAGAAUAGAAUGUUUGUUGUUCUGAAAUCAUGUAAUUUGUAAAUUAAUUUAAACAAUAACACGAAUAUUUAAUUUUCUGAAAUGGA